AAUUUGUUUCGACUUUUCGGCUCUUUUCGAUUCAAUUCAAGGACUCCAGAUUUUUAUUUAGGUUUUCCAAAUUGCAAUACAAAACAUGUGGCGGUCUCUGCGGCUUAACCUUCCUAAAUCAAAAGUUUCUUCACACUUAAAAAAGCUAAAACGUCCUUAUUCAAGCUCAUCCUCAAGUGGAGGUGGUGGAGGAGGGAAAGUGGUAUAUGGAGUACUUGCUGCUGCUGGCGCUGGUUUUGCUGGGGCUGUAGUUUAUGGAAAAUAUGAUCCCAAAUUCAAAAAAGUGCUGCAAGAUAAUAUCCCUUAUGUUGAUCGCAUUUAUAAAUUAUUUCCAGAUGAAGAUCAAAAGCCAAUCGUGCCUACAAAAUCCGUGUCAGAUGAAAAAGCUAAAGAAGCAGCAAUGGCUAGUAGUUUAUUGAAAAGGAAACUUGACCGUGAGAGAGAAAAAGAGAAAGCACCCAUUACAGAGGUUCAAAAAUCUGUUGACACUAAAUCCAAAGAGAUCCCAGUUCAGAACAGCAAUUCUAAAAUACCUGAACCUAUUGUAAAAAUAUCGGAGACUUCAUCAACUGCACCGAAUAUUAAAUCAGUGGAGAAACAAGAAGCAGAACAACCAUCCAGUGAAAAUUUAGUAUCGGAUAUGUUAAAAAAAUUGGAAAAAAAUUCCGAAGAAACCAAAGUUGCCUAUGAAACAGCUGUCAAAGCUGUUAAACUACAUACCAAAUCUUUAUAUGAAGCUUUAGAUUUGCCCGAGGGAAAAGAUCGUGAUAUUGUAUGGAAAGAAGUGAAAAAAGCUGGUUCCGAUAAAAGUGAUGCUUUGAAGUCGGCUGAACAAAAAGCAUCAGAAACCAGAGUUCUCAUGGAAAAGCUAAAAAUCAAUAUGAAGAAGCUUACAGCUCAAGAUAGGAAGAAUCCAUUAAUCAGAAAUGCUGAAGAAACUCUUUCUAAGGUGGAAAAUCAACUGAAAAAUGCACAGGCUGAAGUUACAUCUGUGGAAACAGAAGCGAAAACAGCAACAGAAUAUCAAAAUUUAGUUAAUGCAAGCAAAGAACAAUUCCAGAAAGAAUUGCAGAUUGUUUUACCUAAUUACGUGCAUGGUGGUAAAGAUAAACCAUUUUCUGAGAGUGAUCUUAACCUCCUGAUUGCACAUGCCCAUAGAAGAAUUGAGCAGUUACAAAAACAGCUGGCGAAACAACAGGUUACUGAGAAAAUAAGAGUUGAUGAGGCAGUACGUCUUCAAAAAUUGAAGGAUGAAAGAUUUGCUGAUUCGAAAAUAGAAGCUGAACUUGAACGGAGAAGUGUUGAUUUAGAAAGUGCAAUUGCAGAUCGUGUUGCACAUUUAAAAGAAGAAUUUGAAAAUGAAUUGAGACAACAACUCCGAAGACAAGCUGCUGCUCAUGCAGAUCACAUUCAAGAAGUGCUAAAAGUGCAAGAGCAAGAAUUGGAAAGAAAAUUUUCUUUAGACCUUGAAGAAAAACUUCUACAUCAGAAAGGAGUUUUUAUAUCUGAAAUGUCGGGAAAUAUGUCCCGUUUGAAAGGAAUUUUGGCUUUCUUAAAAGCUAAGAGUGAAUUUGACAAGGCUUCGAAAAAAGCACAAGCACUUUGGCUUGCAUGCCAAGCAAUGAGUCAUAAAAUAUCUGCUGAUAAUGCUGGUAAUCCAUCCCCAUUAGGAAAAGAUAUAGCAGCUGUGAAAAUUGCUGCUGAUGAAGAGAGUGAAUUCAUCAAUGCUGUUUUAGCUGGCAUACCCACUGAAGCUGUCAACAGAGGUGUCUAUAACAAUGAGGUUCUCAAAGAGCGAUUUCAAGAUGUGAAAAGAGUAUGCAGAAAAGUUGCAUUGGUUGAUGAAAAUAAUGACAGCUUGUAUCGCUAUUUCCUGUCAUACCUGCAAUCUUUUCUCAUAGUAGAUGCUGUAUCUAUACCAAAAGAAGAGCUGGAAGGUAAAGUUGCUGUUGAUCCCUCCGAAUGGGAUACAUUUGACAUACUUAGUAGAGUGUCAUACUGUCUCAAAAUCAAUGACUUGGAACAAGCUCUUCGUUAUGCAAAUCAGUUGAAAGGUGAACCAAGAAUUGUUGCUAAAGACUGGAUGGACGAAGUAAAAUUGCUUUUAGAAACACAGUUGGCUGUAAAGGCUCUUCUUGCUCAUGCAGCUGCAGUUGGUGUGCAAGCAUACCAUUAAUAUUAUUAACAUAAUGUACAAAAGUAGGGUAUAUUAAAUUAGGAAGAGUUAUAAAAUUUUAAAUACAAUUAGGUUCAUUUUUAAAGGCAAUCACAUAUUUUUAAUUAAUUUUUUUUGUCCUGUCUCAAUCAUUGUUUUUUUCUUUAUAGAUUUGUAUUUAAUUAUGCAGGAAUGUAAGAAAUGUUUGCAUUGUGCCUUUCUAUUAAAACUUACCAGAUUAUAUUUUUUAAA